CUUUUAGAGUCAGUAUUUCGAUCUCACAACAGUGGCCAUGGCUACUCAACGAAGGGCAAACCCUAGCUCUCUCCAUCUAAUUACUGUAUUCUCUCUGCUUGUCGCUGUCGUCUCCGCUGAGGUCUUCUUCGAGGAGAGUUUCAACGAUGGUUGGGAAAGCAGGUGGGUGAAAUCUGAAUGGAAGAAAGAUGAAAACAUGGCUGGAGAGUGGAAUCACACAUCUGGCAAGUGGAAUGGAGACGCUAAUGACAAAGGUAUCCAAACCAGUGAAGACUACAGGUUCUUUGCCAUUNUCUAUGCCAUCUCAGCUGAGUUCCCUGAAUUUAGCAACAAGGGAAAAAACUUAGUGUUCCAGUUCUCUGUGAAGCAUGAGCAGAAGCUUGACUGUGGUGGUGGGUACAUGAAGUUGCUUAGUGGGGACGUUGACCAAAAGAAAUUCGGUGGUGACACUCCCUACAGCAUCAUGUUUGGCCCAGACAUCUGUGGCUACAGCACCAAGAAGGUCCAUGCUAUUCUCACUUAUAAUGACACAAACCACUUGAUCAAGAAGGAAGUACCUUGUGAGACUGAUCAACUGACCCAUGUCUACACUUUCAUCCUCCGCCCUGAUGCUACAUACAGCAUUCUCAUUGAUAAUGUGGAGAAACAGUCUGGUAGCUUGUACUCUGAUUGGGACCUUCUCCCACCAAAGACAAUCAAGGAUCCAAGUGCCAAGAAGCCUGAAGAUUGGGAUGAGAAGGAAUUCAUUGAUGAUCCUGAGGAUAAGAAGCCAGAGGGCUAUGAUGACAUUCCAGAAGAGAUAACUGAUCCUGAUGCCAAGAAGCCAGAGGACUGGGAUGAUCAAGAAGAUGGUGAAUGGACAGCCCCAACCAUUCCCAACCCCGAGUACAAGGGCCCAUGGAAGCCAAAGAAAAUUAAGAACCCCAACUACAAGGGGAAGUGGAAGGCUCCUUUGAUUGACAACCCAGACUUCAAGGAUGACCCAGAUCUCUAUGUUUUCCCAAAUCUGAAGUAUGUGGGAGUUGAACUGUGGCAAGUGAAAUCUGGAACCUUGUUUGACAAUAUUGUCAUAUGCGACGAUCCAGAGUAUGCCAAGGCAAUUGCUGAAGAAACAUGGGGAAAGCAGAAGGAUGCGGAAAAGGCUGCUUUUGAGGAAGCAGAAAAGAAGAGAGAGGAGGAGGAAUCAAAGGCUGCUCCAGCUGAUUCUGAUGCCGAGGAAGAUGAUGAUGCCGAUGAUGAUUCUGAUGAUGCUGAUGACAAGUCGGAGUCCAAGGAUGAUGAAGCGCAUGUAAGAAUUGUAUCUUGUUUAAGUUUCAAGCAGAGCUAGCAGCCGCACUUUUCU